CUGCCUAGGGUUUACUCCUGCCCGCCGCCGUCACUUGCGCCGCCUCCUCCCGUGCCCUACUCGCUUUGCUUCUUCUUGCACUCCCUCGAUCUAGCCGGCGGCGGAAAUGGCGGAAGUUGAGGCGCCCACCCAGGAGGUAAAGCUCUUCGGCCGCUGGUCCUUCGAUGACGUCCAGGUCAAUGACAUUUCUCUGGCUGAUUACCUUGCCGUCAAUCCUACAAAGCACGCCAUAUAUCUUCCCCACACUGCGGGAAGGUAUUCUGCUAAGAGGUUCCGCAAGGCUCAGUGCCCAAUUGUUGAGAGGUUGACAAACUCUCUGAUGAUGCACGGCCGCAACAAUGGCAAGAAGGUGAUGGCUGUUUGUAUUGUGAAGCAUGCUAUGGAGAUUAUUCACCUGCUGACUGAUGCCAACCCUAUUCAAAUUAUUGUCGAUGCCAUCAUAAAUAGUGGGCCAAGAGAAGACGCGACCCGGAUUGGAUCUGCUGGUGUUGUUAGAAGGCAGGCUGUUGAUAUAUCUCCUUUGAGGCGUGUGAACCAGGCAAUCUACCUGCUUACCACUGGUGCCAGGGAAAGUGCUUUCAGGAACAUCAAGACCAUUGCAGAGUGCCUUGCAGAUGAGCUUAUCAAUGCAGCUAAAGGUUCUUCUAACAGCUAUGCGAUCAAGAAGAAGGAUGAGAUCGAGCGUGUUGCCAAGGCCAACCGUUGAGCAUUCUCACACAAAUCAGGAAAAACAAAGUUUUGGGGUGGAAAGAUGCCUACUUAUGUAUCUACCCUGUUUAUUUGUGAACUUAGCUUGGUGUUGGAGCUACAAACCUCUAUGUUCCCUAAAAACACAAUAGUACCUUUCCUGUUCUGGUUGUCUUAGCCGCAGUAUGAAUUGAAGUUUUGCCACAGCUGUAAUCGUUUGUCGUGUUGCCAGCUCCAUCUCUAUGCAGUGUCUGUGACUUGUGAUUAUAAUGGUCCGUAAACGUGUUUCCUAUCU